AUGCGGUUGGAGCUUUUGAAGAAGUUGAAAGAGAUUGUAUGUCCAGGAAGCACUUUCCUUGUUGAGCCAGAAGUGAAGCCCAAUACACCUUCUACUCAGGAAACCAAGAAGAAGCAACCCAUUAAGGGAAAGGAGAAGGUGAAUGUGAAGAGGAACGUGUAUAUUACUAGAACAGUAAAACCUGGUGCAUAUGUUGAUGCUUUCCUUUCUGGGUUAAAACCAUACAUUAAGUUUGCCAAGGUUGUAGCUACAAAUAGGAAUUACGAUUUUAGGGCUAUAGCUGCUUCAAUUGGUCAUACAGAAGAUGAUUGGGCUCAAGUUAGGCGUGAUCUUUUGGGUGAGUUGCACACCCACAAAGAGGAAUACAUUACACUUUAUGGGUCCUACGAAAGGUUUGAAGAAUUGACAAGCAUAUUGUCAUACUUUCAAGACAGUCCUAGCUAUUCACAUUUGAUGACUAUGCCAGACAUGGGGCAUCUUGUUGCAUCGUGCCAUAAUCUUGUGUUAUACCAUUUGUCAUUAGAACAAUGUCUCACCUUUUUACCUCCGAGAAUAGUGCCAGUACCUCAACUUGAUAGACGUAAGAUUGUUAUUGGAUUUGUCAACGAAAAUCAUUUUGUGCAGGUUUUUUUGCAGCCAGGCCAUCCAGUUUCUCCUAUAGCCACUAAUUGGCGAAAAUACCGUCACCCUUGCGCUGUCAACUGGGAUGAUGCAUAUGUGCACCGCAUUCAGCAUUUCAAGGACAUCAUUCAUGAUACUAUAGCUACUUGA